UUUAGAGAAAGGAAAGGAAGAGGAGGGACGGGAAAUCAUGGCUGCUGUGGUCGUCGGCUGCAGCGGUCUAGGGAGGAAGAAGUUGACACCCUGGAUAACGGCUGCUGUCUGCCUCACAUAUCCCGGAACUCAAACGGUGCUAUGGAGGAGAGGUUGUUCACAGUAUAAACAGGUAACCAGCAAUGAAAACAUGCCUGUUGCAAUGGAAAACCCUUAUAAGGAACCUCUCAAGAAGUGUAUCUUGUGUGGGAAACGUGUGGAUUAUAAGAAUGUGCAGCUUUUAUCCCAGUUUAUUUCUCCAUAUACUGGCUGCAUUCAUGGGAGGCAUAUAACAGGUCUUUGUGGGAAGAAACAGAAAGAAAUAUCAAAAGCGAUUAAGAGAGCUCAAAUAAUGGGGUUUAUGCCAGUUAUGUACAAGGAUCCUGCAUAUCUCAAAGACCCUAAAGUUUGCAACAUCAGAUACCGGGAAUAAAUUUGAGAAAGUUAUUACCAAUAAACUCACUUUAUAGUAAGUGGUUGUAUGCCAUGACUGCACCAUACUAACCUCUGGGUAGAAAAGUGUGUGAAGACCCAGGCUCCCCCUCCCCCAUGCCCCUGGAUGUUCAGCAAAUAGAUUGUGCACCUGAAAUGCUGGUACUCGUCACAUUGUAUAUGCCUUGAAUAAAAGUGGUCCUGAAUGAUUGUCCCA